AUGGAUUUCGUCUCUGAUUUUCUCACUGUUGCAUCAGUUGCUCUGUUUCUUCUCUUCAGUUGCUUCUGUGCGUUACUAGCGAAAAUCUUCAUGGGGAAGUCGCUCAUGGAUUCUCGAUACGCCCCAGUAAAGGGAACCAUCUUCCAUCAAUUCUUGCAUUUCAGCAGGAUAUACGACUACCUGACCCAAGUAGCACGCACGCAUCAAACCUUCCGUUUCCUUGCUCCAUCACACAGUCAGAUCUACACGACAGAUCCACGAAACAUCGAAUACGUACUCAAGACCAAUUUUGAUAAAUACUCCAAAGGCCACUACAAUCAAGACAUAUUAACAGAUCUCGUUGGGCACGGCAUCUUUGCCGCCGAUGGCGAUAGAUGGCGUCAACAGCGAAAGCUCGCAAGCUUCGAAUUCUCUACCAGGGUCCUGAAGGAUUUCAGCUGUGCUGUUUUCAGAAGAAAGGCUGCCAAGUUGGCUGGGAUCAUCCUGGAAUUUGCCAUCACAAACCAGACGCUUGACAUACAAAUUGAUACAUAUAUCGUCGUUCUAUUGCAGGAUUUACUGAUGAGAUGCACUUUGGAUUCCAUAUUCAAAGUUGGGUUUGGGAUGGACUUGGAUUGCUUGGGGGGAUCAAGCAAGCAAGGAGUUUCGUUCAUAAAAGCAUUUGAUGAAUCGAAUGAAUUGGUGUCUUGGCGAUAUGCCGAUCCUUUAUGGAAGGUGAAGAGGUUUCUUAAUAUGGGGUCGGAAGCCAAACUUAAGAAGAACAUAAAAAUCAUAGAUGAUUUGAUCUACGAGCUAAUUCAAAGCAAGAGGAAGCAGCUUUCUGUAAAAGGAGACUCUAAUGAAAAGGAAGACAUACUUUCGAGGUUUAUUGUGGAAAGUGAGAAGGAUCCAAUGACCUUAAAUGAUCAAUAUCUCAGAGACAUAAUUCUGAACUUCAUGUUUGCCGGUAAAGACACAACCUCCAACACCCUCUCAUGGUUCUUCUACAUGCUCUGCAAGCACCCUCUUAUACAAGAAAAGAUAGCACAAGAAGUUACAGAAGCCUUCAACGGUGAACCCAACGAAGCUAACAUCGACGAAUUCGUCAUCUCAAAUUUAACCGACGCAGCAAUGGAGAAGAUGCAUUAUCUCCACGCAGCAUUAACAGAGACUCUGAGGCUCUAUCCUGCCGUCCCCGUGGAUGGGAGGUGUCCGGUAGAAGAUGAUGUCCUUCCAGAUGGUUUCAGACUGAGAAAAGGAGAUUCUGUACUUUACAUUGCUUAUGCCAUGGGCAGGAUGGCUCGCCUUUGGGGAGAAGAUGCUGAAGAUUUCCGGCCGGAAAGAUGGCUCAAAAACGGAAUUUUCCAACCUGAAUCGCCCUUCAAAUUUGUAGCAUUUCAUGCGGGCCCUCGGAUGUGUCUGGGGAAGGAUUUCGCGUAUAGGCAGAUGAAGAUAGUAGCGAUGGUGCUGUUGCGCUUCUUUCGAUUCAGAUUAGCAGACGAAAACAAAGCAGUGACUUACAGAACAAUGUUCACGUUUCACAUCAAUGGAGGCCUCCAGCUUGGUGCUAUUCCCAGGUUCGGUUUGACAGAUUCAGAAGGGAUUUAGGCCUCUUUGUUUAAGAGUAAUCUUUUAACUUUAAGAGAAAAAUGGUUGUUUGAUUCCUCUCUAAUCAUAUAACUAUUUGUUUUCUAAUGAUACACCCAAAA